CAGCGCGAGGGACCAGCAGUCCAAAACACUCAGCAUGAAAUCUGCUCGUCUUUAACACAAAUACAAGGCAAAGACUUCCGGACAGUCUAGUUUUACUUGACGUGAACCAGCACAAAUCUUUUUUUAUUUUUAUUUUUUGUUUUAUUUUUAUCCGGUGUGUUUGUGUGUUCGCCAUGUUCGUCCCUUCUCCUCAGUGCAGUCCCUCCUUCAGAGCUUUUACCCUGGUCAUGCCGGCCGUGGCCGUGGGGAAUGUGGGUCAGCUGGCAGUGGACCUCAUUGUGUCCACUCUGAAUAUGAGACGAGUGGGCUUCCUGCACACGGACUGUCUGAUUCCUAUGGCUGGAAACAACCCAUACUCCAGCGACAAAGAAGACGCAGAUGAGCUGCACACCAACGCAGAAGUUUACACAGCAGAAGAUCUGAAGCUGGCAGUUCUUCAGAUCAGGGCUCCGGUUAUUCAGGCAAAAUCCAAAAAGUUCUGUCAGCUGCUUGUGUCUUGGAUCAAAUCCUGCGGCUUCUCCAGGACAGUGGUUCUGUCCAGCAGCCACGCCUACCACAGGGAUGACCAGCAACUGCGGAGCUCUCCUCUGAGGUACCUGGUGACGCCGUCCAUGCUGAAGUUAAGUAAAGACGCCCUGGAAGAGCUGGGAUGGAGCGAGAUGGAGCGAGUGUCUGCCUUCCCUGGACUGACGGAGGCCAACGCCGAGCCUCGACUCUACAUCCCUGGAGGAGGCAUCACCAAAGGCCUGUACACAGACAGCUGUGCAGAGGACAUCCCACUGGCAGUGCUGCUGCUCUUCUGUUCUGAAGGAGACAACGUUCCAGACGCCUUCGCUUUGGUCGACCACCUCAACAGCUGGCUCCACCUGCUGGACAGUCCCGGUUUAGAGGCGACUAAAUGGAAGAGCCCUCCCUCCUGGAGUCUUCUGUUUGGAAGUGGCAUCCCACCUGCUCUCUUCUGACACACAUGUGCUGUUUGCUUUGCUUUGGAUUGUGGGAAAACAGUGAAACCAGAAGACAUUGGUCUGGGAUCCCAAACGCUUCCGUGUUUUCGCUCCUUUGUAAACAUGUUUUGAAUCGGUGUCAUGUGCAGUUUGCUUCGCCCACGUAACAAACUCUGGACCUAAGACAUGACAGUAAAGCCCACCUACCAGGUUUGACCUCAGAACCUUCACGUGUACAAAUAUUACUUCAUGUACAUCAGCUGUUUCAUUUUCACAAAUAAUGCUUUUCCUAAUAAAAGACAGUUCCAAAAACAGGAGUGUGAUGUAUCCAAAGUGACUGUGUUCCUGUUGCCGGACAGCAGCUCCGCCUGCUUUGACUGAAAGUGCUUGGCUCGGUGCCAUGCUGGAUUCCUGGCAGUCACGCCUCUCUGUAAUUUGAUUUCUUUCUAAAAUACAUAUCACAACUUUACAUGGCGGUAACAUCGACGUAGCCGCCUGACUCAGACUUUGACCUUGCAGAGACGUUUGUGGUUUUCCUGUCAGAUCAGGUUUUGUGGGAAGGAGGAUUGUUUGUGUGUAGACUGGUUUUGGAAGAAGGUAUGUACAGUCAUUUUCUACACAAAUUUGGAACGGAGAGCUCUGUCAUU